CAGUGUAGCUUUCCGCUUCCAUAAACAAGACGGCCGCCAGAGUGGGCCGCCAGUCCUGUGUGCCUCAGGGCUCAGACAUACUGACAGAGAAAGUGGACAAGGGGACUGGAGAGGGGAAAAGUGAGAGAACGGGAGAGAGAGGAGGGAGAAAGACAGGAAAAGUAAAGCGAGACAGACAAGAAGCGGCAGAAGGAGAAGAAAAGGGAGAAGACAGACUGAACUGAGGGUCAGUCGCUCUUCUUCUCCUUGAAGUCAUGGCCGAGAACAACACAAAUCUCUUUCUGGAAAUACUUGGGUCUUUUGAUGCGGUGCCUCUGAUCAUAGCUUUCUGUGUGUCCAUCGCGGUGGGCCUGGUUUUGGGGGCCGUGGUUUACGUGAUCUUGACCUGGAUGUCCCGACGCAAAGCAGGCUCUGCCAGGAUCACCCGCCGCCCUCCCCGCCCAUCACGUACGUCUCCCCGCAGCCGCCCGGGCUUCAACCGCAACAGCAGCUACGACCGGCGCAGCAACAACAGUUUGGUGAGCGCCGCCUUCAGCUUCCACCGGCAGACGUCCUCCGCGGAUCCCCUCGAUCCGCUCGGGCACAAAUCCAGCUUCCGUGCCUCCACCUUCCACCCGCUGCUGCAGUGCAGCCAAAUCGCGCGAGAGGCGGAGGAAGGGAGCCAGACCACGCUGCCUCGUACGCCGACGCUGACCACGUCAGCUGGAUCGCCGCGAACGGCAGCCCGGCCGGCCGCCUCCCCGCCCAGGCCCGACUCGUUUUGGGGGAACAACGGCCUGAAGGGUUCCCACGCUACACUGCCCCCACCUCCAGCUUACGAGAGCAUUAUUAGAGCAUAUCAGGAAACGUGCACCUGAGAGGAGUGAUCGCCGGGUUGACUCUUAACUAAUUGAGUUGUAAAUGGAUCUACAAAUAACAUUGGAAUAAAUCUGUAUUGAUUUAUAUGACCCAGUGGAGCAGAGAAGACAACAAAGACAUUGAGGUAAACUGCGUGCCCUGUUCAACACUAUACCACUAUAACACUAAGCCUUUUGUUUCAUUGGAAUAUAUCUGGUAUUGACGUAAGCAUUGUUUCCUUUUUCAAUGCUGACACAAAACAUAAAAAAAACCUCAGUUAUGCAGACCGUUUAUGAACAGAAAGAAUCCCACUUGAGCUGCCUGUAUGAAGACGUACAAAUACAUACUGGUGACAGGGCAAGAGCAGCAAGAGAGAUAAUAUCUAUGAAAAUAAUUGAAUGAUUGUGUAUGUCAGCCCCAAAGGGCCAAAGUUUCUGUAUUAACUUGCAUUUAAUAAACUCUGUCAUUGAUGUGUCUUUGCAAAGCCUUGAUGGAGACAGACUUUAAACUCAUUUGAUUUUUUGAAUUGCUGUCUAACACGUUGUUCUCCAGAGCUGUGGAAUUUGGGGGUGCGUAGUAUUCAAUGUCAUUUAACGUGUCUGUGUUUGUGAGUAGAGUAUGUUUGAGCGUGAGAGAUAACCACAGUUUUGGUUGACAAAAGUUCUGUUGUUUAAAUUAGAUUGUAAUUUAAUGAACUUUCCCUUUAAAUUAAUGCAAUAAAAUCUAGAAUGAAAAGCAUGACAACUCUUUAGAGUUCUUUAGAGUAUUUGCUG